UGUCUUCUUCCUUCUUCAAAAGGGUCUGGAAGUGCUUUGUCGUAGCCAAUUUUGCCCUUGCAGUUGUGAUCCAUCAAGCCAUUACAAGGAACCCAACACCAGAGAUGAUUCUUGGCUUACCCUUUUAUGCUCAGAAUUGCUUCAUCAUCUCCUUCUGCCUUUCCUGCCGUGCUAUUAAGCACAAGCCUUUCCGCCUCAUCUCCAUUGUGAGUUUCAUUAUCGGUUGGGGUUUCCUUGGGUGGUUCUUCACUCACACCACCAACAUUCCAAUGAGAAAGGGACACAAGCCUUUCACCUUGGCCGAUCUGGAAGUGGUUGUAUACAUCGCCAUUGCCCACUGGGUUUAUGACACUAUGAAAGGCAAGACUUACGGCUUCAUUAUUACGAUCGCGAGCUUGAUUCUAGGUUCGGUUUUCCUCAGGAUCGCACUCACCAACACUCUAAUGAAGAAUGGAACCGCAGGCCAGCUACUCCUACACUUCAGCCACUCUCACCAUUAGGUUAAUGCUGCUGUUUUUACACGCUUAUGUUGUUAGGGAACAAAUCUUAGUUUCUAUUUCAGUAGGAGUGACUUAUGAUAUAGUAUUAUAGUUUAGUUGAUCUAUGACUUUCGUUUUCUUGAAUGCAAAUUAAAUUCUCUGUUCUGGUUAGU